GGAGCCAAAUAUUUGAAUUCGUGCCAAUUGAACUAAUAGUCCAUACUCCAUCGUCCAUGUUGCCAGCUACGCAAGGUGUAUCAUACCGAAUCGGAAUGAGUGAGAAAUCUCGGCUUUAAAAGUAAAAGAUAGAUUUAUUGUUGAACAAAUAAAUCGUGAAUACUAGCGAUUCAUUACUAUCGGCAUGUAAGACGAUACAUUCGACGAAUUGCUACUACGCAUUUCUGCUUUGUGACUCGAAGAUCAAUCUUCUUCUGCAUAAUGGAAGAUAUCGAAAGUGUUUGGGAAAACUUGGACAAUAGUAGUGCGGAGAGCGAUGUUUUCGCCGAUGAAGAGGCUUCAAUGAGAUGUAUGUACGAGCUGGACUUUACAGAAAUGAAAGCAAUUUGUGAGAAUAAGUUUUUAAGAGACGCUUUGAGUGACUCUGCACAGAUAACAAACGAAGUUAGAAAUGAUCUUCUGCUUUCACUGUCGUCGAAGAAUAAAUCUCUUGAUAUGUAUAAACUUUUGCUGGCACACUGUAUAACGUAUUACAAGGGGGAAUGGUAUUGUUACCUGUGCAUGUGUCGGCAACAAAAUGUCAUCGUGGCAAAACUUCAUUUACAAGACACUCAUUCAGAUAUUGCCCUUAGUAUAUCAGAUUUUCUGAAUAUCGGCAAAAUCCUGGACAUGGAUUGCGAACAGUUCUUCAAUCAUGGAAUAGUUAUAGAGGCUCUGCUAUUAGAACGUUACUUUUGUGUAUACUGUCAAUGCCAGCUAUAUGGUUUAGGUAAUAUUGCAUCACAUAUCAACGGAAGGAGACAUCAAGGACAUUUAAAUGCUGCUACAAUGAUAAAAAGUGUUGAAAAUGUCCAAGAGAACUUAGAUAAUGUCAUAAGUAGCAUGAAAAGCGACGUUCUUUAUGCCGAUGCUGAGGCUUUAACGAAAUAUGCGUAUGAUUUGGACUCUUCUACAGAAACGCAAGCAAUUUGUGAGGAUAAGCUUUCAAGAGACCCUUUGAAUGAUUCUGCACAGGUAACAAACAAAAUUGCCAGAUAUGAUUUUCCACUUUCACGAAUGUCACUGAAGAGAAAAUCUGUUGAUAUAUAUAAAAUUUUGCUGGCACACUGUAUAACGUAUUAUAAGCGACAAUGGUACUGUUACCUGUGCAAGUGUCGGCAACAAAAUGUCACCAUGGCAAAACAUCAUUUACAUGAAACUCAUUCAGAUAUUAAGAUUAGUGUAUCAGAUUUUCUGAAUAUCGACAAAAUCUUGGACAUGGAUUGCGAGCAGUUCUUCAAUCACGGAAUAGUUAUAGAGGCUCUGCUGGAACGUUACUUUUGCGUAUACUGUCAAUGUAAGAUACAUGGUUUAAGUAAUAUUGUAUCACAUGUCAUGGGAAAGAGACAUCAAGGACACAUAAAUGCUACUACAAUAAUAAAAGGAGAUAUUGAAAAUGUCCAAGAAAACUCAGAUGAUGAUACAAGUAGCGUGAAAAGCAAGGAUUUUGCUGAUGAAGAGACCUUAAUGGAACAUGUUAUCGAACCAGAACCUGUUAUAAAAACGCAGAUUAAAGUUAAUGUUAAUGAUUCUACUUUUGAUUCAAAGUCGCAGUGGAAUAAAAGUGCUAAAACAUAUAAAUAUCUCAUAGCACAAGGCAUAACAUGUUACAAAAACGAAUGGUACUGUUAUCCAUGCAACAUUAUAUUUCCAAACAUUGACGAGGCAAUGUACCAUUCAGAGCAAAGUCACUCAGACAUCAAAAUAUCAAAGUUUCCGAAAUAUUUGAUCAAGUUGUCAGACAAGAAAUGUAGAAAGUUUUUGACUCAUGGACUAGUGAUGUUGAGACUGCAAAAGUACUAUUGUAUACACUGUCAAUAUACAAUACAUGACAUGUCUAAGGUUGUGUCACAUCUCAAAACAGAGGGACAUGAACACUACAUGUGGUUAAUAAAAAAUGAAGUUAUGGGAAGUUUGAUUGAAGAAAGGUUAUGUAAUACUACAAGUCAAUACGUUAAAGAUAUUAAAGCUGUUAAAAGUAUUAAACAAAGGUUACAUGAUGCUACGAGCCAAGCAGAAGAUGUUAAAAGUGUUGAACCAAGAUUACAUGAUGUUACAAGCCAAGCUAGCACAGCUUGUGCCAAGCACAGCAGUGUUUCUGUUGAUAGAGAUACUUCAAUAGAACAUAUUAAAUCAGAAGAUAUUAAAUCAGAGACUAAAAAAGUAAAAACAAUAGACCAAAACGAGCAAAAAUGUACGGACAAGGUUUUAAAUCCUCUUGGAGGAGUGGCUAAUUCACUGGAGAUCAAAUUUACUAAUGUUUAUAAAUAUUUUCUGGUGCAUCGUAUAACGCGCUUCAAUAAAGAAUGGUAUUGUGACCUAUGCGAGUGUACAUUUCAAAGGUGUAUUAAGGAGGUGGAGCAACAUUUAUCCUGUGCAAAUCAUUCAGAUAUUGAUAAGCGAAUGUCGGACUUUCUGGAGAGCCUUGCCGAUUUGUCAGAUUUGGAAUGCAGACAGUUAUUAAACUGGGGGAUAGUCAUGAGAGAUCUAGACAAUUUUUUUUGUGCAUGGUGCCAAUGUCCAAUGUUAUCUUACUAUAAUAUUGAUGGACAUUUAAGAGGAAACAGACAUAAGAAAUGUGAGAAGGUACGUAAAAAUAUCGGAUCACAAAAUUUGGAUGAUACGGAGAAAAAGAAGUUACCCUGCACUUCUGAGGAAGAUGAUGAAAGCAAUGAUGAUACUGUCUUGGAUACUGCGUUGUUUUGUAUUUUGUGUGAUGCAUUUGUACCCAUUUCAACAAAAAGGCAUAUAGUCAAUAAGCAGCACGUUUUGUUUGUAGAACUCUUCAAUCAAGCAAAGUAUAUUGUAAAAUUUGAAACGGGAAAAGAAAUUAUUAGGCCAAUACAGUUAAAUAUCAGAAACUUGGACGGCAUAGUGUGUUCUAAAUAUUGUAACGCAUUUACAGCAACGCUCACUUGUGACAAAUGUGAUAAAAUAAUCGAAGGAAAUGAUUUAGUAAAUCAUGAAAUGACACUGCAUAAAGAUACCGUAAAGUCUUUUAUUUCGUCAGAAGUUAAUAAUAAGACUUCCACAUUUAAAAUUAAAUUAUUAGUUGAUAUUUCCAGUUCAAGAUUUAAAGACUAUCCGAUGUUUAAAUGCUCGUUCUGUAACGAAAUAAUACAUGGCGUAUUAUUAUUGCAACAGCACUUCACUAAAUGUAAACAUGAAGAGAACAUGGUUAAAUUAGUACAAAUUAAAAAAGAAGAGUAUAAUUCUUCUAAUAAUGCAAAAGAUUAUUUGGAACUAUUUGAAUUUUUAAGUAUAAUCUCUUGGAAAAACGAUAAUGGAACUCUGCAAGCUACGGAGCAACCUGUGUUAUACAUUAAAAUACGUAGAAGGGCUCAUACAAAACCAAACUGCUCGAUCCGGGAACAAUUUAAGUAUGUUUGCUUCAUUUGCCACUGUGCGUUACAGUCUACUAAAAAUAUAAUUACGCACUUCGGAGAUAAACAAGUACAUCUUCAUCAGCUUGAAAGUACUUUGCAUAAGUACAAUCUCGUGUAUCGUGAUAUGUAUCCUGCGCCUUCACCAAAGAUGGAGCACAACACGCUUGAAUGUCCAAAGAUAGAACCUCCUACGGAUGUAUCAGGUAAUUCGAGAAUAUUAGUGCGACAAGCUGAUAACUUUGAGAUUAAAACGAGUAAUGAUUCCAAAUAUGAAUGCGAAUCAAAUAAAAGCGAGGAAAGCGCUCCUCGCUUUUUCAUGUCUCCUGAAGUAUCUGCAGAUAUAAAUGUAUUAAUAAGAAACCCGCAAUUGGAAAACUUGUCCAAGUUGGUACCAGAUGAAAUUAGCAUAAACGCUCUGGAUUAUUACAAUCAAAUUUAUAAAAAAAGGUUUCUAGAGUUUGAGGAAAUUAUGUUCAUUUGCAAGAAGGAGGCGCUAGAGAAGAUUAAAUUAAGCAUAAAGGUUUAUGCUCAAGUUUCUGGCCAAAAUCUAAAUCUUUACUUGUGUCUUCUGUGCAAUGUUCAACAUGCGUGCAACGUGCACGAGUUCUUUGAUCAUAUUCGUAGUACGGAGCACGUUAGACAUUUAGAGAUGCUUAAGAAGCACGCAGGCGAUGAAAAGUUCGAACAACUGCAAGAGCUGAUGACGUAUAGUACAUCUACGCGCACUCGUUGCUACGCUUGCAACAUGACGUUGCCUACAGCUAUGAUCACGACUCAUAUGCUUUCUCUUUUACACAAGAUAAAACGCGUACAAUUACUCGUACAAAUGGAGAAUAUGGUGGAAGAAUUAAAAGCCUUGUGGUACAGCAUCCAAUAUUUCGCUUGCGUCACAUGCAACUUCAGAUACAAAAGGAAGAUAGAUUUUAUGGAACAUCUUCAACGGCAUACUAGCAUCGAGUAUAUCAGUGACAAUUCAAACUUUGGUUUCUGCAUAACAUGCGCCACUUUGUGGUACGAUAGGAAAACCCCUACUAUGACUUACUCCAUCCACCGCCAGAAACGGACGCAUCAGUAUUUAGAAAACACUAAGGACUUCGCAAUUACGCCGCUACCGCCAACUGUGCAAAAGUUACUGAAAAAUAUCGACGAAACCGUUGCCAAACUGUUUAAAGAGGCGGAAAAUGUCUUGAACGAUCCAAGACCGAUUCAACUAAAAACCGAGUUGGAGCACGCAUUUAAAACUUACAAUUUGCCUGUGGAAAUGUGUAUUUUUGGCUCGAGAAUAACUGGCUUGGCGCUGCCAAAUAGCGACAUCGACCUGUAUCUUAAUUUCGGUGAUGAAAAUACCGACCUUAAUGUAAUUAAAAGGAGGAGCAAACGGAUACAGAACUGCUUGCGUACUAAUAGUGAUAAUUGGGAAAUAGAGUUAACUUUAGAGAGAAGCAGGACUCCUCUCAUAAAAUUGAGGCACAGAUUAAUAGGAUUGCAUUGCGAUCUCUCGUUUACAAAUGGUCUUUCAGUGGAAAAUUCCAAGCUUAUUAAGUCCUUCAACACGGCGUACCCGCCUUGCCAAAAAUUAAUAUUGUUCCUGAAAAAGUGGAUGUCGUUGAGCGGUUUAAGUGGUUCCAAGGCAAUCACGAAUUACGCCCUCACCUGGCUCGUCAUCUUUUAUCUGCAAGUCCAGUAUAGAAUACCAAGUGUUGCUGAUUUAAUCAAGAGCCACAACGAAUCGAAGAUUGUUAGUGGCUGGGAGACUGGAGUGGGCAGUACAGUUCCUAUUCACAUACCUGAAUUGCCAAUAGAUGAAUUAUUGUUAGGAUUUUUCAGAUAUUAUGGAGAGUUCGAUUACAUGCAUUGCAUCGUGUGUCCGCUAUUAGGUAAAGUGUGCUACAAGGAAUCGUUUACGGAACAAACUAGUUUACCUGAAGCUAUGACGCUUUACGUGUCACAAAUGUCGAGUGCAAAGGCCGAAUACUUCCGCAUUGAUUCAUCCAUGUGUGUGCAAGAUCCGUUUGAUCUCGCGCACAAUUUAACGAAAGCUGUCCCGACAUUAAUGCUUAAACGCUUCAAACAGUAUUGUAACGAAAGUGUGACGGUUUUACACUAUAAUAUUACUUUGUCAACUUCCCAGAAAAGAGCUUCCUCGUCGUCAAAGAAGGCAAAGAAAAUGAGAUCUGGUGAAACAUAAUGAUUUAUAAUUAUUAUUUGUCGUAUCAUCUUUACGAUACGAUGUUUCAAUUAAGAGAUUGACGUGUUGUUUAUUUUUAGUUAUAACGGUCCAGUAUUAUAAAUUAUAUCUCUUAAGGGUUGAGAAAAUUAUAAUCUCAUAAUGACCAUAUGAUUUAGCCAAUGCGAUUUGCUUAUCAUACAUAUAUACGAAAAGUAAUUGUUAUAGAGUAAUGUUACAUGUUGCAAAAUGACAAUUUGUGAAAGGUUAUUUUCAAGCAACUCGCAACAAAUUAUCCACAAUUAUCCACAAUUAAUAUAGAUUGUGUUUUUUUUUCACAUUGAUUAUCAUUAUUUUUAUACAUUUGAUCAUAUUGGUUUUCUAUGAUUUUUUCUUUUUCUGAUAAGAUAUUCAAUGUUCAUUUUUGUAUUUCAAAGCACAUACUUGGUGUGUUUAACAAUGAAAAUUGUUUAGCGGCAUAUUGUAGAAUGUGAUCCAAGACAAAUUUCCUUUGUAGAUUUUGUUUUUCCGGGAACAGAAUUAUAUCUUAUGAUUGGAUCAUAUUGUAUUUUUUAUUGUGUUUCCUAUGAUAAUUAUAUAGACGGCUAUGUUAACUGUUCCUAUAAGUAUUGUAAUUAAUUUGUAACACUAUAUACAACGAUUUAUAGUUCUUACAUAUAAUAUAUAAUUUAUGAACAACAGAAUUAUGUGAUAGUACUCAGGAAACAGUUACCAUAUUAAGAAUUAUAUUUUUUAAAUAAAAUAUGUUUACAAAUAAAAA